ACAUUGGCCAUUUUUUGCCCGUUUUUUUGCAAAUCGCUGCCCGCAUUCGUCCGCUGCCCGCGCAGAAAAAUAGUUGCUACUUAAUUAACCACACGUGCUUGCUCGCUAAUCGCAGUGCGCUAAUCAGUCGCUAGUCAGCCAGACAAACCCACUACAGCAAUCCCCAGCCUGUCUCCCCGUUUGGCAUUACAUAAGAAAUUGAAUGGGCGAGCCAAAAUAAGAGUACAACUGCGGAGCGGUUAUUUCAUCAGCAUUUCGGAACGGAGGAACCCAGUGGGGCAGGAGUAGCUGAGCUAAACAACAAGUCUGGUCCACCAACAAUAACACGAGUGAAAAUAUGAGCUGGGCAACAACAAAGCAAAGGCAGAAAUGUUCCAACUGUAGCAGCGGCAGCGACAACAACAACCGGAGCAGCAGCGACAACAGCAACAACUGUGCGCCUAGCAACAAGAUAAAUUCGGCGAGCGAUUUCCUUUGAUUUGCGCCCGUUUAUCGCAAAGAACCCCAAGCCAAAGAUUGUAAAUAGCACGUAGAUUUAGUACAAUUCACGGUAGCACAACUGGAUUUCACACAGGGCUGCGAACAAGCCUUGGAAUAGCAACAAUAAUACAGAGGAAGCGCACAGCAAAC